UUUUCCUCCCACCCACUUUGGAGUCCCCCCACCUCCUGCGCGCACUCUAACUCCACCACAACCUGCGAGUCUCAGACCUCGGAGGAGCGCCCCGGAGAGUUCAGAGCGCGUGCACGCGUGGCAGACAGAGGCGGCCAGUGAUCAGCUUGAGUCCACCAUACCUUGAAGGCUCUGAGUUGUGUUUUGCAGUAGCCCAAAUGUGGAAAAAGUUCAAAAGAGGAGGCAUGAAAUACAUCUUUUCUUUGUUGCUGCUCUUGGUCUUUCUCGAAGGAAGUAAAACAGAGCAAGUGAAACAUUCAGAGACAUACUGUAUGUUUCAAGACAAGAAGUAUAGAGUGGGCGAGAAAUGGCAUCCUUACCUGGAACCAUAUGGGUUGGUUUACUGUGUGGGCUGCAUCUGCUCAGAGAAUGGGAAUGUGCUUUGCAGCCGAAUCAGAUGUCCAAAUCUUCAUUGCCUCUCUCCUGUGCAUAUACCUCAGCUGUGCUGCCCUCGCUGCCCAGAAGACUCCUUACCCCCAGUGAACAAUAAAGUGGCCAGUAAGUCAUGUGACUACAAUGGGACCACUUACCAACAUGGAGAGUUGUUCGUGGCUGAAGGGCUCUUUCAGAACCGACAACCCAAUCAGUGCACCCAGUGCAGCUGUUCGGAGGGGAAUGUGUAUUGUGGUCUCAAGACUUGCCCCAAAUUGACCUGUGCUUUCCCAGUCUCAGUUCCAGAUUCCUGCUGCCGAGUAUGCAGAGGAGAUGGAGAAUUAUCGUGGGAACAUUCUGAUGGUGAUAUCUUCCGGCAACCUGCCAACAGAGAAGCUAGACAUUCUUAUCCCCGUUCUCAUUAUGAUCCCCCACCAAGUCGACAAGCUGGAGGUCUGCCUCGCUUCCCUGGGGCCAGAAGUCACCGGGGAGCUCUUAUAGAUUCUCAGCAAGCAUCGGGGACUAUUGUGCAGAUUGUCAUCAAUAACAAACAUAAACACGGACAAGUCUGUGUUUCCAAUGGAAAGACCUAUUCCCAUGGCGAGUCCUGGCAUCCAAAUCUCCGGGCAUUUGGCAUUGUAGAGUGUGUACUAUGCACUUGUAAUGUCACCAAGCAAGAGUGUAAGAAAAUCCACUGCCCCAGCCGAUAUCCCUGCAAGUAUCCUCAAAAAAUAGAUGGAAAGUGCUGCAAGGUGUGUCCAGGUAAAAAGACAAAAGAAGAACUUCCAAGCCCAAACUUUGACAGCAAAGGCUACUUUUGUGGAGAAGAAACGAUGCCUGUGUAUGAGUCUGUUUUCAUGGAGGAUGGAGAGACAACCAGAAAAAUAGCACUGGAGACCGAGAGACCACCUCAGGUAGAGGUCCACGUUUGGACUAUUCGGAAGGGCAUCCUCCAGCACUUCCACAUUGAGAAGAUAUCCAAGAGGAUGUUUGAGGAAUUUCAUCACUUCAAGUUGGUAACCAGAACAACUCUGAGCCAAUGGAAGAUCUUCACUGAAGGAGAAUCUCAGAUCAGCCAGAUGUGUUCAAGUCGUGUGUGCCGAACAGAGCUGGAAGAUUUGGUCAAAGUUUUGUACCUAGAGAGGUCUGAAAAGGGCCAUUGUUAAGCAAGACUGACAAGAUUGGAUAGUGUUAAGCAAGAAAACUCAAGCUGCAGCUGGACUGCCAGCUUAUUUUGCUUAAGUCAACAGUGCCCUAAAACCCCAAACACAAAUGCAGUCAAUUAUUCACGCCAUGCACAGUGUAAUUUGCUCCUCUAUGUGUAGUGGUGUGUCAGUCCUUAGACAUCUCCUCUAAAGAGACUAGAAGACUCAUGAAUGAUUUAUGGGAAGAGGAGGUAUAGAAUACCACAAUGUACCUCUAGUUUACUGGAGAAUCACAUUUAUUUUCAGGUUAAAGAGAAAAAAAAUUGUAUCUAGACAGUUACUCGAUGAAAAGAGAAAGGAAUUACUUAAUAAGAGUUUGGAGUACAGAGAAAUUAAUUGGGUCUGAAUGUUAGUGUGUCUUUUGUUCUAUAAAAAGGAAGGAAAACUAACUCUGGGGCUGCGGACACUUUUCAGUAGUAGAGCACUACAUAGCAUGCUUGAAGCCCUGGUCUCCAUAUCCAGCACUGCAGAAAACAUUAAGCCCCCAUCCCCAGACACAGACAUCAUACCCACACACAUGCACACAUGAAACUACUGCCUGUAUUUUGGUGUUAUUUAGCUCCCAAGGUUGUUGGUAGCCAGGAAAAUACAGAAUCAGAGGCUUUUCCUUUAAGCCUUUGAGGUGGGUGUUGUAGUCACUAAAUAUAAUGGCAGAGUGAAGAAUAGGCAUAUCAUUUUGUAACCUUAUUCACUUGGAAAUGAUAAACAAAUUUUCCCUAAUCAUCCCCUUUCUCUUGUGUCUUGAUACUUGUGGUAACUCCAUACGGAUGUUAGAAAUGAGUAAAGUACAAAGUAACUUGAAGACAGGAAAUAAUAAAAGUCAAUCAGGCUAUGGUUUUGUUAUCACAGCAAAAAACUUACCAAUUAGUAGAUGGACACUCACUAGUUUUCUUGAGGAUACAUUUGUAUAGCCAGUACAUUGAAUUAUUAAAUCUAGAAGCUCCUUUAAAGGACAGUUUUCCUCCUCCAUAUAUAGGAGUUGAUUUUCUGUUUGUUUGUUCGGGGAGGGGGGUGUAUUGCUUUGCAAAGAAACUUAGUCUUGAUGAGCUUCUGAAUGUUGGCUGAAGAGCUAAGAGUUAUUGUCCAUUUAAGAAGGAGAGAAUUGUGAUAAAGAUUUUUCUCUAAACCUUACUUCCAACCUUGCAUUCUGCACCAACCAUGGAUUUGAAUUGGAGAUCCUAGUGAAGGCUUUUCUUGUAAUGUCUUUUACAGUCCAAAUACCACAGCAUAAAUGACCUACUCUGAGGCCUGGCUUUAGAAAUCAUUUUUGUGUGAAACAGUAAAUUCCUUUUUAUUUAAUUUUAUUGUAAAAGUUAUGUACAGAGGGAUUAGAGUUACAUAAGUCAGGGAAUGAGUACAUUUCUUUUUGAACAGUGUCACCCCCUCCUUCAAACAAUAAAUUCUUUAGAGCAAAAGUAAUUAAGCCUGUCUCCUGGAUUUGUCCCCUAUGAAGGACAUGAAUGAACUCUAGUGAAUAUUUAGAUGUAUUAAGAAGUCAGAAAUAUCAUAUUUCCCACUCCAAGACCACCAGUAUGAUAACAUGUUUUUCUGUAGUGUAUUUGACAUGAAUUGGGAGAAAUGUAAGAAAUCCAGCCAUUACAGCCACAGUUUCCAUUAAAGAGACAUAGGGGCCUUGUUACCAGAACAAGCCUCUCACUGGCUCAUCACACACAUUCUCCUCAGGAGAGGAAAAUAGGACAUCCUGGGCUGUAAAGAUACAGAGAAGUAUUGUAGGGGAGAAGGUUACAUGGCCUCCCUAUCAAAGUUGUUAGUAUUGCUGUAGUGUGGAGACCAGCAAGCAGAUCCCUGAAUCAAAGUGGUGAUUCCCCUUUUGGAUGAUUCAUCCCAAAUCCUUCCCACCCAGGUGCUCUCUGAAAGCUCAGCCUUAAGGGAACACCCAGAGAACUUCCUUAGAUAGCAGAUAGCCUCUGUCUCUAGGUGCUGGGACAUGCCUUUCCAAAGUGCUGUGAAAGCAGGAACCAGGGAACUUAGUAAAGUCAAUGUAGAAACGCUCCAGUAUUCGGUGUUGUGUCAGGAGUAGGAUAUAGCAAAAAGAGGCUAAUCCACCUGUAGUUAGUAGAGACGAAUGGAUAUGGUUUUUCUUGUGUAUUUAUUUGUAUCACAAACACAGUUGAGACAACAAGACCAUAGCACCAUUUCACAGUUUUAGCCACUUUCUACUUAGCUCAUAUAAAAAAGUAAGAGUAACAUAUAACAGUAUUACACUUUCACUGUUCUUACUGGACAUGUACCAGUCAAUGGUACUUAUUUAUGUAGUCACUGUGUUUCUGGAUCUCUAAAUUAAUAAAAUUGUAAUUUUGAAAA